AUGCAGAAGGGUUAUGAAAAGUUAACUGAAGAGAACAAAGAUCGAGAGAAUGUCAAAGGAGUGUCGGACUAUGGCAACGAUGACGUUAGCCAAACUGGAAAAACACAAUCGGGUGAAUUCCUAUCCCGUAGCACUGAUGUUGAGAAGGGAGCUCAUCAACAGGAUAAGAAAAAUGCGCAGGACUCCACUGCACGAGAGAUUAAGGAUGCCGAUGAGCUAAAGCGAGAGAAGGGCAAAGUCUCUAAAGUCGACAAAAGAACAGGGGAUACUUCGGAAGCUAUAAAACCGAUAAAGUAG